AGUGGCGACUAGAUGAAAGAUGUCUUUGCAGAAGACUUCCUUGCCAGUGCUGGUGAUAUGGCUCACAUUGGUCGUCAUACCAAGAUAUUCUUAUUCGCAAGCAAAUGGUCUUGCAAGACAAUACAAUUUCACCAAUAAAGGCAUCCGUUUAGUGGGCGGAAACAGUGAACUAGAAGGACGUGUUGAAAUAAGGAUUAAUGGAGUGUGGGGGACGAUUUGUUAUGACAUGUUUGAUAACAACGAUGCAGACAUUCUGUGUAGGAUGUUGCACACCAAUCUAAGUGCCUUAGAAUACUACACUGACGGACGCUACGGCUACGGCACAGGUCCUGUUUUCUACAGAAAUCUGCAGUGCAUAGGAUCAGAAGACAACGUUCAUAACUGCUCAAGCGAAACUGGCGAAACAUGUCCACACAGUUUGGAUGUAGGACUGAUGUGCUCAGGAUGUCCACGAUUAGAACAACGACAUUAUGGAUUUCUUGAGCAUGUGAACAUCACCAGCGAAGGGGAUGUGUACAUAGGCAACUGUGGAAACGGAACAAGUACAUUCACGUUCUUGUAUAAAUGCUAUCUAAACGGCUCAUGGGCAGAAGAUGGAACAAAUUGUGGGCCCCUAGAAGCUCUUAAUGAGCGCGUCUGGCAAAGGGCCGAAUAG